UUAUUCAAAUUCAUUCCACGUGUCCCCGGAAACUGCAGGUAGGGCGAAGGUACAGUUUCUGACAGGUAUCGCGGAUUAUAUGUAUGAUAAGACUUUUCACUUUCGGUUGUUCCUUCUGAAUUGACAUUUUUGGUUGUAGGGUGCUCAAAAUGGAUUUGACGCAAGAAGCUAUUAUCUCGCUGUUGAUAGAAGAAGGGGGGAAGUUGAAGAAUUCCGAGUUGCUGACUAAAUUCAAAGAUUCCCUGAACUGCACUGAUCCCGCAGAGAAGAAACAGAACAGGGAUCUAUUCAAAAGGUUUGUGAACACUGUUGCUGUCGUGAAAGAAAUUGAAGAUGUCAGGUAUAUUGUACUAAAGAAAACAUAUCAGCAUUUGUUACAAGAAACAGAGGAUGUUCAAAAGUCUGGAAGUGAAGAGGUCCCCGAGCCAGGUGAACCCUCACCUGCAUGGAACAGUGAGAACAAUGCACAUUCUCAAAAUGGAGGAAGUGAGACAAGUUCUGAAAAUGUCCAAGAACCUGUUAUUACAAGUGUCGGUGAAUGCGUCUCAAAUGACAGUGACAUGCAUUCAUUUAUAGAGCUGGCAUUAAAAGAAAAAGUGGAUUUCAAACCAAAAAGGUCACUGAAUUUCAACAUAGACCAUACUUCUGUUGCGCAGAGAGAAUAUAUCUCCUCUGGGGGGGCUGUGUAUCCUGGGAAGACAAAGAACCCUAGUGUGCAGAAAACAUUUGGACUGCCUUUACGAAUGCCUCCAAACAUGACCAGAAUAGAGAUCCAUAAACUAAAAUCUGAGGAUGAUGAUGGCCCUCCAAGGAGAGCUGGUUCCACUGACCAAGAUGCACACUGCUCCUCUAGAACCAAGAGAAGACCAUCCACUAGGAGUGUGGGUUUAAGCUCUCCGCUACCAAGGAGGGCUGUCAAGAUCACCAAACCCUCUGAGGAGCCCAAGUACACAUCCACAGUCCCCCUGGAAGAGGCAGAGCACGAGUGGCUGGUGAGGUCUGCUGCUGGACACUGGAGACGGGUGUACGGUCUGCUCCUCAGAGACACACAGCUGGCAGAGAAGAAGGACUUCAUGUCCGGCUUCACAGCCCUUCACUGGGCGGCCAAGUGUGGUAACAGUGAGAUGGUGGGUAGUAUCAUCAACAUAUCCAGGCAAGGUGGAAUGGACCUCGACGUCAAUGCCAGAACAUAUGGAGGGUACACGCCACUGCACAUUGCUGCUUUGCAUGACCAGGAGUUUGUGUUGGCCAUGCUGGUGCAUGAAUACGGAGCGGAUGUGAAUAUAAGGGACAAUUGUGGAAAGAAGCCAUAUCACUACCUGCGCAAAGGGAUUUCUUCUGAGGUGAGGGAGCUGCUUGGUGAACCUAAGGUCCAGCCCCAGGAAGUUCUCCAACCGGAAAGGGAGGAGAUAGAUAUCUUCCCAGAACUCUCCAAAGGCUUGCAUACGAUAAGUCGCCUCUUCAAUCCCCAUCUGGAGAAAAAGAGAAGGCACAAGCAAAGACCCUCGGUCUAUUCGCUGGGUGUCGACCCGAGGGAUGAGGGAGAUGAGAGUUCAUCCAAUCACAGAGAGACCUCAGAUGCAUUUAAGUAACAUGAGUCUGAUGUGAAAUACAAUAAUACAUUUUGAUAUUUUGCACAAAAUCUAUUUAGCUUUUCAGGGUUUUUACUCUGAUAUGGAUACAAACAUAUGGGGUUAUGAGAGGAACAUUCAGUUGUGUUGAACUUCGUUUUUUAUAAAUCAACAAGUGCAACCAUCAUAAUUUCAUUACUCCUUUUUUAAUCAAACAAACACUUAUUACUAGUAUGGAAGGUAUAGUAUCAAAUGUACUACUCUCUGUGUCAUGUAAUCAAUAUCAUUUAUAAUGUAUCUAAUCGUGUUAAUAUUGAAAAAUAAAUGCAUGACUUCAUAGACGAGGUAUCGAUGGGAUCUAGCAUCAAUUUCGGCAGAUGCUGCAGAUAAAUUAAAAUCCAUUAACACAUUAUUGUUUUUGUCCCUGUACUAAACCUGUACAUAAGAGAUGAAUAUGGCUUCAUGUCUGGACAUUAACACUGGCUUCACUCUCAGGGGUUGUCAUGUGUCAUCUUUUUAGAUAGAUUUUCUGUCUAAGAAACACAUUUGUUUGAAGAGGUUGCCGCAGUACUGAAUAAUUGUGAAAGUGAACAAUACUAUGUGGCCUUACUGUUUAAGAUUCCUGUUGUUUAAGAUUCCUGUAGUAUGAAUGUGUUAUGAUGAGUGAAUAUUGAUACAAUGUUUAAAGGAUUGAUUUGGUGAAAUGCAAAGAUAUACUAUGAAAUAUUUAUCUGUGAUUUUCAAGUCACAUGCAUCUUGUCUUUCUUCCAUGUCUUAUACAAUACAUACUUUAGUAAUUUGUUAGUGUUAGUAAAAAAACAUUGUUUGAUGUACAAUGCCUUCAGAAAGUAUUCACACCCCUUGACUUUUUCCACAUUUUGUUAUUUUACUGCCUGAAUUUAAAAUUGAUUAAAUUGAGAUUUUGUGUCACUGGCCUACACACAAUACCCAAUGUGGAAUUAUAUUUUUAGAAAUGUUUACAAAUUAAUAAAAAUGUAAAGCUGAAA